AUGCCCGUCGAAACUCGCAAGAGGAAGGCCGCUAUGGCUAAAGAAGCGCAGGCUGCUAAAUCCGCGCCACCGUCCUCUAGCACGCCCGCGAUCAAGCGUCAAAGGAGUCUGCCGGUACGAGCCAAGGAAGGCGAUGAUGGGAUACCCAGCAAGGACGACGUCGGGUCGAAGCCGCCCCAGAACAACGUCAUCACCUUUGACGACUGUGGAAACCCAGAUCGGGAGCUCGCAAUCUCUGCUGUGGAAGCAACCGACGUGUCGGAGGCGCUAGAGCAAGAGGCCAGCGACAGCGACGAGGCUCCUGAGGCUGUGUCGACGUCAAAGGUGGCCAAGAAGAUGAUUGAGUCUGCACAGGCUUUCCAGAAGGCGGCACGAGAACAAGCUGCAGCUGAAAAGGAAAAACGCCGACAACGCGACGCUCUUUUCAAGCAGCAAGCCUCGGUGCGGAAAGAAGCGGAAGCUGGAGAAAAUACUGGCCUGGUUGUGCCCGGUCCCAUUGUUGCUCCAGCAGGGAAGAAAUGGAUGGAACAGAAGCCGGUUCCCGACAUGCUGCCUCUCGAUUAUCUCACCGACUCAUCUAGCGAAGAUGGGGACGAGGACAGGGUAGACUCUGCAGCAAGCCGGCAGCGCAAGCGCAAGCGCAACGUGGCGUCUGUUGAGAAGCGUCUAUCACGGGAGAGCAGAGGGCCAAGGGACCAAGUCGUUGGGAGCACAAUCUACAGAGUUUCCAAGCCUCUUGACAAGAGACUGGCGCCCAAGGCGAACAAGCAUUCCAAGAGCACCAAGCAAUUGUUGUUGAAGAGAGGCAGAGAGCCGGUGAAGAGCCGCUCUUUGGGGUUUGCAAAGAGGUAG